CCAACAUCCGGGUUGGGAACGGUAAACACGGAGGCUCUCCGCCAAUCACUACAACAAGGAAAUACAAUUGCAGACUCUAUAAUAACGAAGUACUUCUCUGAUACUACAUCACAGAAAUGGAAGGCGAGAAAAAGGAUGACGGUAAAUCACCAAAGAAGCCAGAAGGCAAGGAAGAGGGAGCUCAGGGGACACAGGCUGGAGGAGCAAUAGAUGCACUUGCAGCAGGCUUGAGCAAAUACUUCACCAGCGCUGUCAAGUUAGAUGAUGUGGAGAAAGUUUUGAGUGAGGUGACCUUCGAGGGAGUGGCCAAGUAUCUGAAGAGUGACAAGUGCACCAAUGUCAUCACAAUGGCAGGUGCUGGGAUAUCGACAUCGGCAGGUAUUCCAGACUUCCGAAGCCCAGGAAGUGGCUUGUACGACAACCUCCAGAAGUACAACCUGCCAGACCCUAUGGCCAUUUUCAGCAUACAGUAUUUUAUAGAACAUCCGGAACCAUUUUGUCACCUUGCAAAAGAACUUUGGCCAGGGCAUUUCAAGCCCACACCCUGUCACUACUUUGUGAAGCAGCUCCACGAGAAGGGGAAGCUACUCCGUCAUUACACACAGAACAUUGACACACUGGAGCAUUACACGGGCCUCCCCGCGGACAAGAUAGUAGAGGCUCAUGGGACUUUCCGUACUUCACACUGUCUCACAUGUCAGAAGGAAUUCUCACAGGACUGGAUCAAAGAGAAGAUAUUUGCUGAGGAGACUCCUACCUGUGAUGCUGAAGACUGCGUGGGGCUGGUCAAGCCAGAUAUUGUUUUCUUUGGUGAAAAGUUGCCUGACAGAUACUUCAAGUGUGUUGAAGAGGACCUUAAGAAAUGUGAUUUGCUCAUCAUUCUUGGAACAUCCCUGUCAGUGCAGCCGUUUGCAAGUCUCACUGGGCGAGUGCCAACAAAAACACCCCGCUUAUACAUCAACUUGGACAAAGGAAACACGAACGUUGAUCCCUUCAUGAUGCUGUUCAUGGGCGGCGGAGCCACACUCAACUUCGAUGACGAGAACAACUAUCGCGAUGUCUUCAAACAAGCAACGUGUGAUGAAGGCUGCUACAGCCUCUCGGACCUGGUGGGCUGGGGGAAGGAGCUACGGCAGACGGUGGAAAAGGAGCACAAGCGACUUGAUGCUGAGAUUGCCGAAGAUAAACAAAAACCAAAAACAGCCAAGGGAGCCUCGAAGUAGUGACUCAGCGAUAUCUUGCCUGGUUUCUACUUCCUUCAUCUGUCAGCAUCCGACAUGAAGAGUAUUGCUCAUCUAGGUCAUGGUCAUCUGUAGCGUAAUCGACCUUGCAGUCUCGUUGUUUGUGAUUUCUUUGAGUUUUCUAAUUCCUACUUCACUUACUUUCUAUUGGAGCUGGAAAUUUGCAAUACAUUGUUGAACUGUAUAUGGUACACACUUUCCAAGUAUUCCAUGAAAGUGUUCAAUGUUGAGUAAUCAAAAGCUAAAAA